AUGUCUUUCCCCAACAAAACCGGUGGCAAGGCGCUGGAAGCCUUGCGGAACUUACCGCGCAUAUCUCUGGGCAACCUACGGCCGGAGCCUGGUGCAACGAAAUGGGAAAGACGUCGGGGCAGGGGCCAGCACGGUGGUAACCGAAGCGGUCGAGGACACAAGGGCGAGCGACAGCGGGGCAACCGGCCUCGGCUCGGCUUCGAAGGCGGAGCGACCCCUUUCUAUCUGCUCAUUCCUAAAUAUGGUUACAAUGAAGGACACAGCCGGCGCCCUCAGUACCAACCGCUGUCUCUGCGGCGCCUCCAGUACCUCAUCGACUUGGGCCGAGUGGAUCCGAGUCAACCCAUCGACCUGACCCAACUGGUCAACGGACGUGGCGUUACCGUGCAGCCGCUCAAGAGGGAUUACGGCGUGCAGCUGGUGGACGAGGGCGCUGACUUGUUCUCAGCCAAAGUGAACAUAGAGGUCCAGCGAGCGUCUGAGAAGGCCAUCGCCGCCAUCGAGCGCAACGGCGGCGUCCUAACAUGCUCUUUCUACGACCCCAUCAGCCUGGGCAUCCUCAUCAAGCCCGUCCCCUUCUUCCAACGCGGGCAGCCCAUCCCCAGACGCACGCUGCCCGGCGAGAACCUGCUGCCCUACUACACGGACCCCGACAACCGCGGCUACCUGGCGCAUCCCGACGACGUUGCUCGGUCUCGCCUCGCUUUGGCGCAAAAGUACGGCUACACCCUACCGGACCUUUCCAAAGACCAAAUGUACGCCAUGCUCGCCGCCCGCAAGGACACGCGGCAGAUUUUCUUUGGGCUCGCUCCGGGCUGGGUGGUCAACAUGGCUGACAAGAAGAUCCUAAAACCCACUGAUGACAAACUACUCAAAUACUACAACUCCUAG